ACAGACCACCACGUGCAUCGUACCUGCACGUCAUGGCGCCAUGUGCCGCCCUUGCCAAGCUGGCGCACAUCGAGUUGGCGGAAUUUCGGAUGAAUCCACGAGCAAGCAUCAGCAAUGACAUCCUCUCCUCGUACCCGGAGUCCCCACGGAUCCUCUCAGGUUUCGCUCCCAAUCGAUGGUCGAGCAUCAGACCUGCUUCGCAAUCCAUGCAUGGAACGGCUCUGAGGAUCCCAGAGAAACGGUUACCUGCACUUGGACAACUGGAGACAAUCAAGCAGUCCUUACGCAAAGAUGAGAUGCGCCAGUGGCUCACGUAUGCUGAGAAGUCCCUGCGGAACACCAUACCUUUGCCCGAGACGCCGCAGCACAAAAAGUUCUGCUGUGAGAUGACAGGAGCUCCCACUAGACAGUCGCAUCGAACGCAGAAGGACGCCAAACACAGCAUGAAGACCCUGCAAACCAUCUUCGAACGUCUUGCCGAGCCCGACGCCAUUUCGCAUCGAAAGUUUCUGGCGUCCAUGUUUCAAGACAAGGAGUUGGCUGGUGUGGUGGAAGUGUUUACCGCAGGGCUGCACGUCCCACAGACAAAUGAUGAAAACGUUUUUCAAGAAGCCAAGCGAAAGGCGAUGGUCAAGAAAAUCCUGCGCAUCCUCAAAGAGGUUGACAAGGAUGGCAGUGGAAGCACGGAAUUUGAUGAGUUUGUAGAGUUCUUCCGGAAAGCAGAGGUGUUGUUGGAAUAUCGUUCUGAAAAGGCUCAGACCCGAAACCGAGUGGCGCUGCACGAAGAAGUUGAAGCGCUGAGAAACAGGCAAGAGCUGACCGGAGAAACCGGAGAAGUAGAUCUUGAGAAGGCUGAUGUGAUGGUCAAGGCUUCGAACGUUGGACGUCGUGCCAGCUUUAGGCUGCAGAUGUUCUGACGUUUUUUUUUUGGAGCUUGUACAGCUAC